AAUGUCGAUUAAUGUAGUGUUUUCAUUGAUAAUAUUUUAUUGUUUAAUAUGUUAUGUAUUAACGAUAGAGUGGCCAUUUAGAGACUGCGGCAAACAUGAAAUCAAAUCAUUGCGCAUUGAGCCCUGUACCCGAAGYCCGUGUAAGUUUCGGGCCGGAGAAUCGGUCAAUAUUACCGUAGACUUUGUGGCCAACCAGAACACCGAUAAUGUCAAACUUUACGGAUCGUUGAGAACGGGUGGUAUGUUUGAUGUAGAGGUGCCCUAUCUUGGUAUCGAUGAAAAUGCCUGUAAUAUGGGUUACAAUAAAAAUAAACUCGACUGUCCACUGGAAAAGGGUAAAACCUAUCGAUUUGUAUUAAUCCAAACUGUGCCGUACGCCAGCAGAUUCAAUGUUUUCCGGUACACAACGUGGCGACUUCAGGGCAGUAACUCCAGGGACCUGACAUGUGCUGAGUUUGAUAUUUAUCAAGAAGUGGCGCAUAAAUGAUUGAUUUAAGACUUUAAUAUUUAUUAUUAAUUUUAUUAAUAAU